AUGCAAAAACUGCAAGCGGAAAUAGAUGAACUGGCAGACGUCACCGUUGCACCAGCCCACCUGGCGAGAAGCGGCAUUGACAUCCUUAUCGGUGCCGACUAUUACUGGUCGUUGGUGUAUGGUGACUUCAAGAAGCUGCAGGGCACACUUGUUGCACUGAAGACCAAAUUUGGAUGGACGCUUCAAGGAGCCAUUCCCUGCAGUAGCUCAGCUGCCUGCUGCUCAACCGCGGCAGUUCUUCGUGCUGGAGUGUCAGAUGACACAACAAGUUUGACCAACGAGCUGAAAUCAUUCUGGGAGCUGGAGAGCAUCGGAAUUACUGACUCUUGUGCCCAAACGAACGAAAAAAGCCAAGAAAUCAUCAACAUGUUCUCGACAUCGAUCAAGAAAACAGACAAGCGCUAUGAGGUGGCAUUACCAUGGAAACCUCUGAACAUUCAUCUCGCUCACAACAAAGCGAUCGCACAGAAGCGUUUGACAAGUCUCACGAAGAGGCUAUCGAGAGAUGAAACAACACUUAUCGAGUAUGACGCGGCUAUCCGUCAGUACCUGGAGCAAGGGUUCGCCGAACGACUUCCACCGGAAGAAAUCAAUAACGACGAAAGCAGAAUUUACUACAUGCCUCACCGCGCUGUCUUCAGACCUGACAGCCUUUCAACAAAGAUUAGGGUCGUAUUUGAUGCAUCGUCUAGCGACACAGGAUGUAUCUCCCUGAACGAAGCCCUGGAGCCAGGACCGAACUUGAACCCAGACUUGCUGAAGGUGCUAAUUAACUUCAGAAUUCACCACAUCGGACUAAGUGCAGACAUUGAGAAGGCAUUCCUGCAAAUUUCAGUGACACCGGCAGAUCGCGAUGCCCUCCGAUUCUUGUGGUAUGAGCACUUUCCAACGAAGCAAGACCGAGAUCCCGUGAUAGAAGUCUGGAGAAUGACACGAGUGCCCUUCGGUGUGACAAGCAGUCCGUUCCUUCUCGCAGCCACAGUGCGUCAUCAUUUGUCAACUACUGCGGGUGAUUCACGCAUCACUAAAACUAUCAGUGAGAGCCUGUACGUGGAUGACCUAAUAACAGGAGCGGAGACAGAGGAGGACGCUAUAGACUUCUACCGAGGUGCACGAGACGUCAUGAAUCGAGCAAGCAUGACACUGCGCAAAUGGAAUUCAAAUUCCAAGAAGCUGCAACAACUGUUCAACGACGAAGGAAACGGAUGUGCCCUGAGCCACGUUGAGUGUCCGACAUCAAGUGUCUCACGAGUCCUCGGACUUGUAUGGGAUAAGGACAGAGAUCAUCUGGCGUUUUCCAUGAAGGCGAUCUUGGAUUUCUUGGAUCGAAACAGCGACACGAAACGAUUUAUCCUUCAGGCAUCAGCUCGUAUAUAUGACCCGCUUGGUCUUAUUUCUCCAGUCACAGUGACAACGAAACUCAUGUUCCAAACCCUGUGGGAACUGGGUAUUGAGUGGGACGCUCCUCUGCCUGAAGACGUCAAGACAGCUUGGACGCAGUGGCACACCCAGCUGCACUAUUUAACGGACGUGACAGUGCCAAGACGAUACGGUAGCUUGCCCAACGAUAGCGGGAAAGAGGUGCACAUUUUCACAGAUGCGAGCCCCAAAGCUUACGGUGCAGUUGCGUAUUUGCGCACCUAUGGAGUCGAGGAAGCAGCGGUGACUCUUGUUCUUUCAAAGUCCCGAGUAGCACCGAUUAAGAAAUUGUCUCUUCCAAGACUGGAGCUGAUGGGCAUGGUGAUCGUUACGCGCGCAAUACACCUUGAACUGGUGACCGACAUGUCGACAUCGAACUUCCUGAUGGCGUUCCGAAGAUUCAUCUCAAGAAGGGGGGUCUGUCGAGUCAUCUUUUCUGACAACGCAAGGACUUUCAAGCGUGCUUCUAAGGACCUGCAGAAACUGUGGACCACAAUACGAGGAGAAGACAUCCAGAAUUUCUUCUUAAACCACCAGAUCCGCUGGAAGUUCAUAAUUGAGAAAGCGGCUUGGUGGGGCGGAUUUUGGGAGAGAAUGGUUCGUUCCGUGAAGACAUCCCUGAAGAAGGUUUUGGGAAGCAGCUACUGCAAUUUCGAUGAGCUCACGACAAUACUAAUUGAAAUCGAAGCUAUCAUCAACUCUCGACCCCUGACCUACGUCUACACAGACGCGAACGAACCCGAACCUUUAACACCGUCUCAUUUCCUGGUAGGUCAGAGACUAACCACUCUUCCUGACAGCUGCUCCGCCGCUGAAGUGGUUCAGAAACCUGGUCAACUCACGCGUCGCUGGCGCUACCGCCUUAGAAUGGCCGACCAGUUUUGGCGUCGGUGGCAAAAGGAGUACCUGACGAGUCUCCGAUCGGCACAUUUCGCUGUGCCGAGUUCGUCAAGUGCACUAAAGCAAGGAACCCUCGUCUUAGUUCAUGAACAACAUCUGCCGAGGCAGCUCUGGAAAACUGGAGAAGUGGCCGAAGUUCUUCUGGGACGUGAUGGAAAGAUCCGAGCCUGCCUGGUGCGCAUGCCGAAUGGAGCCACAUUGAGAAGACCAGUUCAACUCUUAUACCCCAUGGAAUACACGGACGAAUGA